AAUAUGGUCCUGAAGUAGGUAAAUUUAAAAAUUCCAAUACCAAAUUAUAAUUUGAAUAAAUACAUUAGGUACCUACUGAAGGAAAAAUGGAAGUGAGUGCUUAGUACAUCAUACCGGAUAAAUAAUAUUAUAUAGAUAGUAUAGCCAUUAUAGGUAUAUAAAUAUUUAUGAAAAUUUAUAUUUGUUUCAAGCCAUAUGUCAAUAUGGGUAGAUACCGAUAUCAACUUAGUAGAAAGGUUGUAUGAGAAAUGUUCACACAAAAUAAUAAUAAGAAAAUAUGAUGACUACAGUCCUCCCCCCAAAAAAAAUUUGGUCCUAGUUAAAAUAUAUAAGGUCGUUAUAAUAUUAUAAUACAAAUACAUUAUUAAUUUUGUCUAUGGUUGAAUAUCGAGUAUCAGACAACUCAACAACUGACAAAUAGACAAUUCUUCGAGUAGGUACCAAGUUUGACAUUUGAUACAGAAGGUACUGGAGUUGAAGACGGACAACAAGUAACAACAUGUUGACCUUGACAGUUGACGUCUCGAACAACUACUUUAGUUGAAUCUGAUUUUAGUUUUUUCGAUUUGUUUUAUCAGUUUUAUAACUAUUUUUUCUUAUCAAAAAUGAAAUAUAAAUGAUAAGGAAUUGCCGCCAUUAUUAUAUUUUGAUAUCACGUAUUCACAAAUUAACGCGUGUGGUUUGAUAGUAAAUAGUAAAAUAGUAAAUACUAAUAAUGAAUAAUGAUAGUUAGAUAGUGCAAGUGCAAUGACUGACAAGCACAAGAUGUGUCCGUACAAUGAACACUGGACUGAGUAGAAAAGAAAUGGACAAACUAAACCAUUCGUCUUUUAAGCCGUUAGAAGUUAUUUGGAACAGAAAUACCAGUACUCAUAAACCAAAAUUAUUACCAGAAUUAAAAGGGAUUAAUAUAGAAGAUAGUGUUAAAAAAGUUAAAAAACGCGCUAAAUCCCCGGAUGUGAAAAUCAAUGAAAAUAAAACAGAACAUGUUCACAAACGUGUGAAAAGAAGUUUAUUCCGAGAAGAUAAAAAUGGAAAAGUAUACAAACAUUCAGACUCAGAAAAACUAAAUCAGAAACUUUGUGAAACAUUUGAUUAUGAAAAUAGGUUAAAAAAAAGAAAUCAUAGCAUAUACAAAUCAUCUCAACUAAAUUGUCCUACUAAGUCCCCCCAAAUUAUAUCAAAUCGAAAAAAUAUAAUAAGAAAUCAAGAUGCCUCAUUGCAUCCAUCAAAAAAGUGUUUAUUUCCAACAAAAAGUUCCAAAACUGAAAUUUCCUCGUCACAUACGGUUAAUGAUCCAUCGGUCAACAAACCUUCAGGUACUAAGGUUCAACUGAAUUCACGUACUACAGUUUUUGGUUAUUCUAAAUCUCCUGAGAUUAUGUCAAAUCGAAAACGGUUCUUUAUGUUCAACAAUUUAGACAAGGCUGAUGUAUCUAAUAACGAAAGGUCAAACAUGAGCUAUAAGACAUGUAUUAACAUACCAAUAGACCAAGUACCAGAAAAGUUAAAUGAAAAAUAUAAAAAUGUAAAUACACACAUCAGUUCGAUGGAAUCAAAAUUAAAUUCUGAAGAUAUUAUUGAAUCUUCUGAAAAAAUUGACUUACCCGUUAUAAAAAAAACAAAGAAACAAAAAAACAAUUGUAGAAAAAAAACUAAUAUCAAAAACUACCCUAAUGAGAAGAAAGUACCAGAAAGUAGAACAUUUACCAAUGAUAAAAAUGAAAUAAAUUUACCAACAAAUGAAAUCCGGAAAAGUACAGAUAUAUCAACAACCGUCAAAAAUGCAUUUUGUGAUGAAAUUAAUUUUGAUUCCAUAGAUAUUAUCAAUACAGAAAAAUUUUCGGAGUCUCCUGUAACUGAAUUAUUGAAAAAAUCAUUAAUUGUAUCACAAGAACAUCAAAAUCGAUUACCAACAGAAUUGCAUAUUAUGAAUGAUGACAAUCAAAGAUAUUAUUCCGACACUUCUUUAACACAUUCAUCUUUGAACACAAAAGAAUUUACCAAAAAUACAGUUAAAGAAUAUUCAAAAAUAUUUAAAUGCCAAAGAAAGAAGCUUUUUCAUCAGAAUGAAGACAAUAUCAUGUCAUUUCUGCAUUCAUCCGAAAUAAGUGUAAUCCCUGCCACUCCUGAACAUAAAACAAUGAAUCUGGACAAUUCCAUAGACCAAUACUCUCCUGAAACCAUUGUAAGUCCGUAUGUUCCAUUGAUUGAAGUUGAUCAAUCACCUAAAACUCCACAUGGAAAAAAUAGCCAAGUGCUCAUUCAAUCUGUUCCAACUCCAACAAAUUUUGAUGGUAUAACAUUACCAGGUUUUUUUGAACCUAUAGCCUCUCCAACUCAGUCCGUUGUCAGUUAUGAACUGCCAUUUAAAAUUGACUCUGUAGAAUCACCUAGAGCUAUUCAUGAAAAUGAUGAUAUUAUUGUUUCACCUGAAAUAAAUAGAAGAAAAUCAGACAUUAGCCCGUCAUCACCUAAUCGUUUCGACUCUGCUAAAAAACGUAAAAAAAUGAGUAAAGAUGGAUUAAGAGGGAAAUUUCGGGAGCUUAUUAACCGUAAAAAAUCAGAAGCUUGUAUUCGAGAAUAUGAGAAAAGCUUGUCUAAAAGUUAUAAACCAAAACAAGGUGAAACUGCGUUAUUAAAAGUCAUUGAAGCAUGGAAGGAAUUUAGAAUGAUUGUUCUUCUUUGCUACUACAUGAAAUCUGAUAAGGAAGUUCAUAGAGUGUUAGUAACUCUGAAUAAUUGUCCUUUAAAUGCUGCCAAGAAUAGUAUAAUACGUAUAUACUCUCCAUGGUUGACAAUUAAAUCUGACAUUACUGAAGUAUUAUUGUUUACUGGAAUCAUUCACGCUGAAGUAAUUGAAUUCUCAGAAUCUAUUACUAGGCCUCUUGAGCUUGUAGAAGAAAGUACAGAUCUCAAUGGAUUACUAACUACUGCAUUUCAAAAUAAAGUUUUAUGGAAAUGCAAUUGUUCUAAAGACGCUGCUUGUCAAUGCUUGGGAGAAUUAAGUGUUCACAAUUAUCUGCAGUACAUGAUUCCUCAUUAAGAUGUAUCCAUUCUAAUUCAUAUAAGCUAAGGUUGCUUAAACUAUUUUUAUUUCUCAUAGUUCAUUUUACUAUUAAAAAAUUACUAAUAUAUAUAUAUGUAUAAUACUGUUAUUUGUAUUUAGAUUUUAAUGUGAUUAUUAUUGUUGUAUUUAUUAUGUGAAUUCAACUAUGGAAUAUUUUAUAAGAAACUGUAUUUAGUUUCCUAGAUGGUUAAAUUGUAAUUUUUUAUAUUAAAAUGUAUGUAAUUUGUCUUCCAAUCUA